GUCUUCUCUGCUCUGCCCGAAUCAGCUUCGUGAGUCGUAAAAUCGAAGGAAGAACAUCAUCCCCUCGCCCGUUUCGUCCCUCCAUCCUCAACCUCCGUCGCCAUCUCUCUCGCUCCCGCCGAAUCUUCCCGCCCAGCCUCUCUCUCCUCCUCCUCCUCCGCCUCCGAUCGCGAUUCCCCGGAGCACCGAUGGCGAGAGCGGGAGGCAUAACGAACGCGGUGAACGUGGGCAUCGCGGUGCAAGCCGACUGGGAGAACCGUGAGUUCAUCUCCCACAUCUCCCUCAACGUCCGCCGCCUCUUCGAUUUCCUCGUCCAAUUCGAGGCCACCACCAAGAGUAAGUUGGCAUCGUUGAAUGAGAAGCUCGAUCUCUUGGAGCAUCGUCUUGAGCUGCUCGAAGUCCAAGUGGGUACUGCAUCGGCGAAUCCAGCCCUUUUUAACACUUGAGAAGCUUAUCUGAUGGCAUCUUGUGAGCUCUCUGUUGUCUGCAAAUUCGUGGGUCUUGUGUCCCACUCCGAACAGUAGUGGACUGGCUUGGUGCUUUUAGUUUGAUAUACAAGUUGAUGGGUGUAAAAAGUUGUUACUGGGGAUUGUAGCUCAUUGGUAGGAAGCAAUUGUGGAGGACUACUGUAAAAUCAUUUGUAAUGUUCUGGUUUAUUAAGCAACUCUAUGAUAUGUUGUUUUGUGAGACUUGCUUCUCUCUGUCUGAACAGUAUUCAUCAUUUGUAUGAUCCGUUCUCAUUGAUAUCUUUUUCCUC